AUGAUUCAGAAUAUUGAGAAGACAGCUCUACUCUCUGAGCAUGUUAAUCUGCUUACUGCUGAGAUGAAAUCUGAGACAGCAGAUCAGAAAAUACAGGAUUUUAAGACACAGAUUAAUCUAGCUAAAGAGAAGCAGCAGAAACUCUUCUCUGAGAAAGCAGCAGAGAGAGAUUUUAAGAUAAUUAUUAUCUUAGAUAAGAAGAAGAAGAAGAAGAAUAAGAAUGAGAAAUAA